UAUGUGGUGUUAAAACUGUAACACUUUAAGUUAAUAAUACACAAAAGAAGAUCCCAGCUGCAAGUCAAGAAAAACUAAUUGUGUGAGAGUGUUUCAGUUACUGUGGGGCCAGGAACCCAUGCAGCUCAGCAUGAACAGGGAAUAAUACCAAUGGAGAGAGUCAAGCUGAGCCAGGAGACGGCAGAAAUGCCCCAUUCUUAUAGAGACAGGAAGAGCAUCAGGGAAUUGAUGGUCAUUCCAGAUGCCAGCACUCUGCCCAGACAGGAGAUGAUUUCUCUGUCCAACUUUUGUUGAACCUCACUGUAACAGUGUGAUACCAGAUGAAACCUUGGCAACUCCAGUAAUCUCAUCUGAAAUGUUGUCCUACACCCAUUGAUGGAUUUUUAAAAUCUUUUUACAGGUUAAAAGUGAGAAGGAAUUUGUCUCCAGGAAGCUCAAACACGGCACACCAGUUUUGUUGUCUCUGUCUAGAUAUUUAAGAAGUGGAGCAAGGGAUCCAAUUGACCACCCUUCCUGCUCAGACUGUGGGGAGGGAUUCACUCGGUCAUUUGACCAACUGACACACCUGGAAUUUACACAGGAGAAAGGCCUUUCACCUGCUCAGACAGUGGGAAUGGAUUCCCUCUGUCAUCACAAUUGAAGGUACAUCAGCAAAUUCACACUGGACAAGGCCAUUCACCUGUUCUGUGUGUGAGAAGGGGUUCAGUUGGUCAUCCUACCUGUGGACACACCAGUCAGUUCACACUGGGCAGAGGCUGGUCAUCUGCUGAAUUUCUGGGAAAGGAUUCACUCAGUCAUCUGACCUAAUGGCUCACCAGCGGGUUCACACUGGGGAGAAGCCAUUCACCUGCUCAGAGUGUGGGAAAGGAUUUACACAGUCAUCUACCCUACUGGUACAUCAGCGAGUUCACACUGGGGAGAAGCCAUUCUCCUGCUCAGAAUGUGGGAAGGGAUUCACUCAGUUAUCUCACCUACAGAGUCACCAGCAAGUUCACACCAGGGAGAAAGCGUUCACCUGCUCAGAAUGUGGGAAGAGAUUCACUCACUCAUCCACCCUACAGAGACACCAGCAAGUUCACACUGGGGUGAAGCCAUUCACCUGCUCAGUCUGUGGGAAAGGAUUCACUCAGUCAUCUACCUUACUGGUACAUCAGCAAGUUCACACUGGGGAGAAGCCUUUCACCUGCUCAGUCUGUGGGAAGAGAUUCACUAAUUUAUCCAGCCUACAGAGACAUCAGCGAGUUCACACUGGGGAGAAGCCAUUCACCUGCUCAGUCUGUGGGAAGAGAUUCACUAAUUUAUCCAGCCUACAGAAACAUCAGCGAGUUCACACUGGGGAGAGGCCGUUUACCUGCUCAGAAUGUGGGAAGAGAUACGCUGACUCUUCCACCCUACAGAGUCAUCAGCGAGUUCACACUGGGGAGAGGCCAUUCAUCUGCUCAGUCUGUGGGAAAGGAUUCACUUGGUCAUCUGAUUUACGGAGUCAUCAGCGAGUUCACACUGGGGAGAAGCCGUUCACCUGUUCAGAAUGUGGGAAGAGAUUCACUCAUUCAUCUCACCUACAGAGUCAUCAGCGACUUCACACUGGGGAGAGGCCGUUCAUCUGCUCAGUCUGUGGGAAGGGAUUCACUCGGUUAGCUAACCUACAGAGACACCAGCGAGUUCACACUGGGGAGAGGCCUUUCACCUGCUCAGAAUGUGGGAAGGGAUUCACUCAGUUAUCUCACCUACAGAGUCACCAGCAAGUUCACACCGGGGAGAAAGCGUUCACCUGUUCAGAAUGUGGGAAGAGAUUCACUCGCUCAUCCACCCUACAGAGACACCAGCGAGUUCACACUGGAGAGAAGCCAUUCACCUGCUCAGUCUGUGGGAAAGGAUUCACUGAAUCAUCUACCCUACUGGUACAUCAGCGAGUUCACACUGGGGAGAAGCCGCAAUUCACCUGCUCAGACUGUGGGAAGAGAUUCACUCAGUCAUCUCACCUCCUGGCACACCAACGUGUUCACACAGGAGAGAGGCCAUUCACCUGCUCAGACUGUGAGAAGGGAUUCACUCGAUCAUCUCACCUACUGGUUCACCAACGUGUUCACACUAGAGAGAGGCCAUUCACCUGCCCAGACUGUGGGAAGGGAUUCAGUCAGUUAUCUGUACUGAAGGUACAUCAGCGAGUUCACACUGGAGAGAGGCCAUUCAACUGCUCAGACUGUGGGAAGGGAUUUACUCAAUCAUUUCACCUACUGAGACACCAGUCAGUUCACACUGGGAAGAAGCCAUUCACCUGCUCGGAUUGUGGGAAGAGAUUUACUCAGUUAUACAACCUACAGAGUCACCAGCGAGUUCACACUGGGGAGAAGCCAUUCACCUGCUCAGACUGUGGGAAAAGAUUCACUUCGUCAUCUCAACUGAAGGUACAUCAGCGAGUUCAUACUGGGGAGAGGCCGUUCACCUGCUCAGACUGUGGGAAGGGAUUCACUCGGUCAUUUGAACUGAAGGUACAUUGGCGAGUUCACACUGGGGUGUGGCUGUUCACCUGCUCAGACUGUGAGAAGGGAUUCACUCAGUCAUCCAACCUACAGAGUCACCAACACGUUCACACUGGGGAGAGGCCAUUCACCUGCUCAGACUGUGGCAAGGGAUUCAGUAGUUCAUCCACCCUACAGAGACAUCUGCGAGUUCACACUGGGGAGAAGCCAUUCACCUGCUCGAAGUGUGGGAAGGGAUUCACACAAUUAUCUGAUCUACAAAAUCACCAGCGAGUUCACACUGGGGAGAGGCCGUUCACCUGCUCAGAAUGUGGCAAAGGAUUCACUCAGUCAUCUAAUCUACUGAGACACCAGCGAGUUCACAAUGGGUAGAGGCCAUUCACCUGCUCAGUCUUUGGGAAGAGAUUCUCUCGGCCACCUCCACCAAAUGUGCAUCAUUGUCAAGUCAAACUUGAGUUUCAGGAAGGUAUUAAGGAAGAGCAAGACUGCACUGGCAGAGAGGACGGAACCUACUGCCUGAGGGCGGUUUCUGCCCAGAACAUUUGGGCGGACCCCGCAGCGUCACAGUGGCAGUCCAAGAGCAGCAUAACAUCGGCAGCCAGGAGUAGCGUCACAACCCGCGGUAAGAUGCCGAACUUUAAAUAAUUGUUGAGACUGUUUCAGGGAAAGGAGCACUGCUGUCACUGCGUUUGGGUUAACUCCGCCAUCGGGUCAUCGCACGCAGGCACUUCUUGAAAACGAUGCGAGGCUUAAGAAGAGCUUGUGAACCUUCGAGAGAGUUCACCCAGUUUGGAACCAUAACGGUCCAGUAGAGAAACGGAGGUGCAGGUCCAAAAUCGUCUCCGAAGUCCAACAGGCAGCCAGUUUUUCACCUAAUCCUAAUGUUACUACCACUGCCUUAUGACUAUCCUUGACUAGACUAAUGACUGACUUACCGCUGAUUAUUUAUGACUACUGACUAAUAAUUACCAACUGCCACACUUGCGAAAAUAAAAAUAAAAAAGGAAAAAGAAAGGAAAAGGUCAUUGAGUGGAAUCCGGUUAAAACCUUCGGGUAGGCGUAUUCAGUCCCUUUCAAGUGGGGAAGCUGCACAUGGAGCAAGAACUCCGACUUGACAGUGAAAAACUGGUUGACAGUGAAAAUACUGCUUAACAGCACUGUUUGACCAGGAAACAGAAAUCUGGGAGCUUUGAACUGGACCAGCAAGAGCAAUAACCUGGAGUCCUGAAAAAGGAAGGAAAUCAAGUUCAGAUAAAACAACAUCAAAGCAUCACUAAAAAGUUGUACUCUCACCUGUGAACAGCCAGCAGAUGGAAUCAAACAUGGCUGAUCAAACUAUUGGGAAAUCAGUUGAGCAGCUCAAGCUAGAGAGAAUGACAUCAAAAAGAUUGUUUUCUUGUUUGGCCAGCAGCAUUACCAGGACCUAUGAAGACAUGUCUGAAGAGGAGCUCAGAGUGAGUUUCAAUAAACUCACAAUAGAAGCCGAGAAAGUCAUGAAAGCCAAUGAUGAUGCGGAGGCCGGACUCACUGCAGAACGGGAGGCGGUGCUGAACACAUAGAAAGUAGCUGUGUUAACUGAACAGCAAAAAGCUGACCUGGCAAAGACGGCAAAUGAGUGUGAGUUGAAACUGAAGGAAAUCAGAAUCCGGGAGACUCUUUGGACCAACUUUGGAAAUGUUGAGUUGCUCACCGUACUACAAGCAGCAGAGGAUGAAUGUGAAGACGUCACUGCUGUACAACCCGAUGGCCACCAGGAGGCGUAUGGCUUCAUGCUUAACCAUCUGCAAGGACUGGUAAAGACAGUGAAGAAGGUGGGAACGAUGGAACCGGCCAGGGGAUCGGAAGCACCUUCAGAGUCGCCUAAAGGGGCUCGAACUCCAAAUCCCCAAGCUGGUUUCCAAGAAGGCCCACUUCAUACAGGCAAGGAGAAAGGAGGAUGCUGAAAGACUAACACUGACGGCAUUGGGCUUUUCCUCCAAUUUUCCCACGCCAGCCAUCAGACUGAAACCGACGGCCCUUCCCAAGUUUACUGGCAGCACACGUGAUUUUCACAGGUGGAGAAAGGACUGGGAAGCACUCCAGAGGCAGCGAGAGCCGACCGGUUCAAGAGAGGUGAAAAAGAUUCAACUGCUGGACAGUCUUGACGACAAAGUCAGAAGAGACCUUCGCCUCAAAACUUAUAAAACUGCAGAAGUCAUCUUCUGUGUUCUAGAAAACCGCUAUGGAAAUGGAGUGUGGAAAUCGGAAGUGGGAUAGUAUUGUUACAGAAUGCGAGCUAAAAUGCGGGGGUUGUGGCUGCGGAAACUGCCAGCCAGGCGGCAAAGGAAUGACUCUUGCUGAAGAGAGGGAACUUGUAUACAAAUUCAUAUACAAAAAAAAAUCAAAGCAAUAGUGAUAAGGGAGAAAGAAAGGCAUGAAUAUUGACUUCUCUA